UCUCCGGUCUGAAACGGUAUCGUCUGGGCGUCUUUGGGUGUAUGUGGCGGCUGGGGAUGCGCGCCCGGAGAAACCUUCAGUUUUUUUUACAUUCUUCUAGAAGCAGCAGAAAAUGAACAUAGCCGAGCUGUUGGCACUGAGCUGCACACAGAGGAGGUACUAAUACUGAAGAUGUGAGUGAACAAAUAAUUGGGUCAGUGUCAUUCAAAGAUGUGACUGUGGAGCUCACCCAGGAGGAGUGGCAGGCCCUGGGCCCUGCGCAGAGGACCCUGUACAGAGAUGUCAUGCUGGAGAACUACAGCCACCUCGUCUCAGUGGGGUAUUGCAUUACCAAACCUGAGCUGAUCUUCAAGUUGGAGCAAGGAGAAGAGCCCUGGUCCUUAGAGGAGGAAUUCCUACACCAGAGGCACCCAGGAUACUACAAAGUUGAUGUCCACAUUCAGCAGAACCAGGAAAAGCAAGAGAAACUGCUGUGGCAAGUAAUAUUCAUUGAUAACAAAACACUGAGUAAAGAAAGGCAGAAAGUUUUAGAAAAAAUAUUUAAUCUGAACAUAACUCCACAAUUUUUAGGAAAAAUGCCCUGUACAUGUGAUUCACUUGGAAUGAAUGUGCCAGUUGUUUCUGAAUUGAUUAUUAGUGACAGAAUUUAUUCAAGAAAGAAGAUUGAUUAUAUGAAUGUAUGUGAAAAGAUACAGCUUGAUACUAAGCAUGAGAAAAUUCAUACUGAAGAGAAGUCUUGUGAAUAUAACAAAAAUAUGAAAACUCUCAAUUAUAAGGAAGAUCAUCAGAAAUUUCAAACGCUGAAGCAAUCUUUUGAAUCUAAUGAAUGUGGAAAUGUUUUACUUGAUAACUCAGACUGUGUUACAGCUAAGAGUUCUGUGAUAAGAGAGGAAUCCUGUACAGAUGAUGAAUUUAGGAAAACCAGUGAUAAAGCAACUGUAUUUAACUGCACAAGAACUGGCACAAGGGAGAAAUGCUUUCUUCUUCGUGAAUGUGGGAAAUCUUGUGACAAAACCGUUGUGAAAUACGGUAAAGUUCAAAUGACUAAGACACAUCAUGAAUGUAAUGAAAAUGAGAAUAACUGCAGCAGGAAUUCACCCCUCACUAAAGCUCAGAGAACCAUUACAGGACAGGAAACUUUUGCAAGCAAUAAAUGUGAAGAAAACUUGAGCCAGAGCUCAGCCCAUAUAAUACCUCGGAAGACACAAACUGGUGAUAAAUUCUGUGUGUACAGUGGAUGUACAAGUGCUUUCUAUCAAAAAUCAGACAUUAUAAUGCAUCAGAGAACUCACACAGAAGAGAAACUCUACCAAUGUGGUAAAUACGGGAAGUCCCUUCAUCAAAACUCAGCUCCCAAUGUAUAUCAGCAAAGUGACACAGGAGAGAAGUCAUUUGAGUGUAAUGAAUGCAGGACAUGCUUUUACCAGAAUCCUCAUCAGAGGAUGCACUCAGGAGUGAAAUGUUACAAAUGUGAGAAAUGUGGGAAUUCUUUUUGUUCAGAUUCAUACCUUUUUUAUCCUAGAACUGAUACGGGUGUCAGUCUCUAUGGACGCAAUGAAUGUGGGAAAACUUUUUGUCAGAAGUCAGACCUUGUUGAACAUCUGACAGUUCACACAAAGGAGAAACCUUAUGAUAACAGUGGAUUUGGGAAAUCUUACAAGAAAUCUGCCUUCAUCUUACACUUGAAAACACACACAGAGAUGAAACCCUUUCAAAGUAUUGAAUAUGGGAAAACAUUCUCUGAGACGGCAUAUCUCAAAGAACAUCAGAGAACUCAAACAGGAGAGAAAUGCUUUGAAUGUAUUGAAUGUGGGAGAGCUUUCUCCAAGACAUCACAACUCAGUGCACAUCAGACAAUUCACAGAAGCAAAAAACCCUAUGGAUGUAUUGAAUGUGGGAAGUCUUUCUCCCACAGGGCACACCUCAGUGCACAUCAGAGAAUUCAAACAGGAGAGAAGCCCUGUGGAUGUAAUGAAUGUGGGAAAACUUUUGCUGAUAAUUCAACCCUCAGAGCACAUCAGAGAAUUCACACAGGCAAAAAACCCUAUGAGUGUAGUGAGUGUGGUAGGUCUUUUGCCCAUGUAUCUGUUCUCAAAGCACAUCAGAGAAUUCAUACAGGGGAGAAACCCUAUGAAUGUAAUGACUGUGGUAGGUCUUUCACCCAUAACUCAGCCCUCAGAGCACAUCAGAGAAUUCACACAGGGGAGAAACCUUAUGAAUGUAAUGACUGUGCGAAAACUUUUGCCCAUAACUCAGCCCUCAGAGUACAUCAGAGAACUCACACAGGGGAGAAACCCUAUGAAUGCCAUCAGUGUAAGAAAACUUUUGCCCAUAAUUCAGCCCUCAGAGCACAUCAGAAAAUUCAUACAAGAGAGAAACUCUAUGAAUGUAAUGAAUGUGGGAAAACUUUUUCCCAAAAGACACACCUCAGUACACACCAGAGAAUUCACACAGGGGAGAAACCCUAUGAAUGCAGUGAAUGUGGGAAAACCUUCUCCCAGAAAUCAUACCUCAGUGGACAUGAGAGAAUUCAUAAAGGAGAAAAGCCUUAUGAAUGUAGUAGAUGUCAGAAAACUUUUGUCUAUAAGGCAGCCCUUACAGUCCAUCAAAGAAUUCACACAGGAGAGAAACCCUACAAAUGUAAUGAAUGUGGAAAAACUUUCUCCCAAAGGACACACCUUAGUGCACAUCAGAGAAUUCACACAGGAGAAAAACCUUAUGAAUGUAAUGAAUGUGGGAAAACUUUUGCUGAUAGUUCAGCUCUCAGGGCACAUCAGAGAACUCACACAGGGGAAAGACCCUAUGAAUGUAAUGAAUGUGGAAAAACUUUCUCCAAGACAUCACACCUCAGAGCACAUCUGAGGACUCGCACAGGGGAGAAACCCUAUGAAUGUAAUGAAUGUGGGAAAACUUUUUCUCAGAAAUCUUAUGUUAUGGCACAUCAGAGAACUCACACAGGGGAGAAACCCUAUGAAUGUAAUAUAUGUGGGAAACCUUUUGCCCACAAUUCAACCCUCAGAGUACAUCAAAGAAUUCACACAGGUGUAAAAUCCUAUGAAUGUAAUGAAUGUGGGAAAACUUUUUCUCAAAAGUCACACCUCAGUGCACACCAGAGAAUUCACACAGGAGAAAAACCCUAUGAGUGUAAUGAAUGUGGAAAAGCUUUUGCCCAAAAUUCAACUCUCAGAGUACAUCAGAGAAUUCACACAGGGGAGAAACCUUAUGAAUGUAGUGAGUGCAAGAAAACUUUUGUCCGUAAGGCAGCUCUUAGAGUGCAUCACACCAGAAUGCACACCAGAGUGAAAACUCUUGCAUAUAAUGAAUUUGGAAAGUCCUAAAGGGACUCACACCAUAUUGCCUAAUACCACAGUGGAGAAUCUCAUGUCACAGAGACUGGCAAAUUGUUUCCCCUAACAAUUUCCUUUUCUAUUAGGCACAUAGUUUGUCUAUAUUUCCCAAUCUGUACCUCACCCAACUGAGGCUGGUUAUGGAAUAUGAUGCUAUUACAUUUAAGCCAAGUCUGGCCUUAAAAAGUUGCCAUAUAUUCCUCCUAUUCUGCAUUUCCUGGAAUGGAGAGAUUUCCAGGGCAGACUUUGGGGGCUUUGUUUUGAACGUGGUAGUGUACCAGAUGAAAGAAGCUGGAAUAUGAGUAGCUGGGUAAAACAAUUUUCCAUUAGUAGAUCUUCACCAGUGCCAGAGGUGCCAUCUUCUCUUUUAAAGGUCCACCCAGCUGUAAUUAAGAAAAUAAAAAUGAAAUAACCAUGGGCUCCUCAAGGUGAGGAGCAGCCACCUCCCCAGGUUGUGCACUCCAUGCUCGGCCCAUAUGCCCAGAAUGAGUUGGUGGACAUGAACGUCUGGUAUUGACAGAGGACAUCGGAAUCUCUGCCUACAUGACUUUUACAUCUCUGGGAUGUAUGGGUGGAAAACAUUGUUAUGUCAGGUACUGAGAUGAGUAGAAUGGCUUCCCUAAUGACUCACCCUUCCCUCCAGCAUUGGUUAUAAAAUGCCCGUCAUGCUUCAGGGAAUCAGACACACCUGGACUGGCUGACAGCUGCCAUCAGGGUAGUUUGGCCUAAUCAGGGUGAUUUACCAUAUUUUCCCAGUAGUCGAAAAACAUAUGCAGAGCUCCAACAGGUACUGCAGGACUUGGGUCUGAAAAAUAUCAUCUAUAAUAUGGACUCUAGGGCCCUGGUGAGGUGUUGUUUACUGUAGGAAUGAGAAACCUGGCAUGGCAUAAGCUCCCACAUCUCUCUUUGGGUCCCUAGUGACUACUCUUGCCCCUCACCUAGGGCAACCCAUAAGUGAGGCUACUCGUAUUUUAGCAGAUCUGGGGGAGGUUGAAACAAUAAGGACACAGAGGGAAGUACAGGCCAUGACUGAAAGGAGAAAUACAAAGGGCUCCGUGAAGGUCUCAAGUACCCUGAUAUGGGUUGAUUUGGUAAAGGCCUGGUUAGUGAUAGAAAAACCCCAUGGGCAGCCCAGUAGAAUCUUGUUAGAACUGUGGCACCAAUUAAAGCCAGAGCACCAGUUCCAGCCCCUGAGGUCCAGGACACGGAAACCAGAGUCGAGGCCUCAUACCUGGCCUGUGUCCCUGCAAAACUUCAUGGGAGACAGUACUCAGGAUUCGCUUGAACCCUCACUGCCACGGGAGGAUGAUUGGGCAUCAUGGUUCAACUGGGAGGGUGGUCAAAGUCCCCACCUUGGGUGACAUGGUAGGGACCAGAGGCCACGUAGAAUUAGCAAUUCAUUGGUCCCCUGUGAAUGUACAAUGUGUCCUGGUGCUGGUGGACACAGGAGCUGAGUGUCCUUUGAUUCAUGGCAACCCUGAUCAUUUUACCAGGACCCCAACUUAGAUACAUGGCUAUCAGGGUAAGACAUUUAGAGAAAAGAAAGCCCAAAUCUCAUAGGGGUUAAGGUGUUUAACUCCCAAAGGACUAUACUGUGUACAUUUCUCCCAUUCCUGAAUAUAUUUUGGGGGUAGAUAUCCUGCAGGGUCUGUGGUUACAGACUACUACAGGUGAGUUCAGACUAAGGGUACGUGUGGUAAAGGCAUU